GACAGCCGCUGCGGGCGCACUUGGAGGACCUGAUUGCCGGAGAGCCAUGCCACCCAGCGCUGCACCGCGAGGUACGAGCAUUGGCGAUCAGCCAUUGUCUGGACGAGAGCCGCCUUGAGGGAGUCCACAGAUCAGUGCAUAGUGAGCGGGAGAGGGCACAUCAUGCUUCUAUACCUUGGAUAUCCGCUUCGAUGUCGUUGGAAGGGAAUCUAAAAUUUGCGUUCGAUGUUGUCAACCAUAUGCCAAAUGGCGAGGACGUGUUCAAGUCUGCCUGGUACGCCCACAAAUCGGUCGUGGUGCGGCCGCCCCUGAAAAACAGAGUCUUGAGGCCAGCCAAGAUUCCCUGGAAAGAGUUCAAGAUGAAGGUCUACAGAACAGAUGAUGAAUCCAUAGUGGAUUGGGGGCAUUUGAUGCCGUCUUCUUUCCAGGACAGUUACCCCAAGGACAAGCCGGUAGGCUUUCUAAUAUUCCAGCCGUUGGAGAUCAUGUCUGCGAAUCGGAAGUGGGUGUCCACCAAGUCGCGGCAAUGGAGGCCCAGCCCGCAGUCUGAACAGGUUCGAGCGCUCGCGCAGCAGUAUGAGGUUUGGGGCGACUCUGAUCACAUGAGAAAUGGAGGUCGUAUCGAGGUGCAUGCGUUUUCGGAUCCAUGUGCCAUGGACAUCCUGAAGCUCGCAGACUUCACU